AUGAUGAUGUUAUACCGUGUGUUGUAUUUACUGACUUUGCUGCUAAGCAUUGCUUCUGUGUGUUUGGCCACUGAAGAGGUUCCUGGUGCAGGCGCACUAGUGGAGAGUGGUGAGGCAGGUCCUUCUGGUCCUUCUGGCCCUGCUGGUACUUGUUCUCCUGGUCCACAGUGUCCUCCUGCUCCUAUUAGAGUUGAAGAUCCUCCUACUGAUUGUGCGGAAGCUGCUAAGAAGAAUUGUCCUACCGAAAGUGGUGACGCCAAAGAGAAUUGUCUUCGAGAUUCUGUUCCUCCAUGCAAACCUACAACGGAACCAGCUCCAACUUCACCAAAAGAACCGGCUCCAACUUCACCAAAGGAACCAGCUCCAAAUACAACAAACGAAGGAGGUCGUGAAGGCGAUCACGGUCCUACUGGUCCUGUUGGCGCUGUUGGUGCUGCUGGACCAGGUACAGGAGCUGAUAAUGCCGUUGGUGGUCCUGCUGGUACUGGUGCUCUUCCUGCUGGUGGUGAUGUUGCUUCACCCAAUUCUAUUCCGGAAGCAAGUCAAGCUACGGAACCUAUUCAAGGCGAAGCUGAUCACGCUGCUUCUCCACCUGGUGAGCGACCUGGUAGUCCGACUGCAGUUGAAGAUCAAGCUGAAAGCACCGAUAACAGUGCAGCAGUUGGAAGUGCAACAAAUGCUGACGGUGCAGCACAACAAAACUCUUCUUCUACCACUACAGUCACAGAGAGUACCAGUGGAUCUGACACUUCACCUACUGAGAAUGGCAAUACAUCUGCAGGAACUGAGUCAACAGGCACCCAAAGCACUGAUGUGGGAAAUACAGAAACAUCCACCACCACCACCACCACAACAACAACAACACUACCUCCUGAACUCACAAACAACAAGAAGGGUGAUGCAGACAGCAGCAGCAGUAUCAGCAGUUCUGUGUGGGUGCGUGUACCACUACUGAUUGUGGUUACACUGGCCUGUAUUCUUGUGUGCUGA